UGCUACGUUGCGUAAGGGCUUGUACUGAACGGCACGUUUCCCCAAACCGCAACCAAACCCCUCCCCGUUUUUAACCUAAUCGCUUAGAAACGAGCCGUAAUUGAACGUUGCAUUACGUUUUUUCAGCCCAGUUAAGUCUGAGUUGUAUGCAUUGCGUCUUGCAACAGGUCGUUUAUCGUUUAAGAAGCAAACGAAACGGUGAGCGACCUACCUACCUAAAAAGUCCAAUAGAAACUCGUUUUCGUUGCAAAAUGUUUUCCGUUUGGAGUUGGCCUUGAACAGUUUCGCAACAGACGAACGUUUUGCUAAAUAAUUGGCGUAAUGAAUACACCCCUGGUUCGACCGGACAGCCCAGGUGUUGUUCUUGUCAGACGGCUAUGUCACGCACAGGGACUGGUUGGUCACAUGGUCCAGCUCCUACGUUCUGCGGAAAUUAAUUAGCGGAAGAAACAGGUGAAUGUAUCAUCCGCAGGUGACACAGCCAGAGAGGAAAUCAGAGCCAUAUAAACAUAUUCAUACUGAACAGCAAGGCCAUGUGAGUCUGGCCCGGUGACUGUGUAAAAGAGAGACCAGUGCGUCCCCAUGUCUGCUAGAGGAGGUUCCUCUGGCCGUUUCAACAUUGUCCGGGAUGCAGAACCUCACUACGACCAGGUCCCAGUGGGCUCCUUAUGGAGGGACCAGGACCUCCCUCCUCCUCCCCGCUCCCUUGGGGGUUUCAGGGGGGCAGACUUGGCUGUGAGCUCUGACCCCCUCCCCCCCCCUCCCCUCCCAGACCAGCCCCCCGUGGGCCCUGACUUCUAUCCCCCUAGUGACGGUGCCUCGGAGCGCCUUGACAACGACAGUGCGGCCAUGGACAUCAAACCCGUCCGCCGCUUCAUUCCUGACUCCUUCAAGAACUUCUUCCGCGGCAACAGUGUCCGUGGUAGCAGCAACAAGCCCUUCUCCUUACCCCCCUCCCCACCGCUGACGGAAAAAGACGACCUCAAACCAGGAACCACUAGAGGUGUCCCCUGCUCCCCUCCCCCCUCUCCCUCCCUCCCUGGCUCCUACCUGGAUCCGUACGGCGGCUCUGGCGGCAGCUACAACUCCAGAAAAGAACGUGACGCCAUGUUGCUAGGAACCGAUGCAUUCGAGUCUGUCUCAGGCGUCACAUUCCGCUCAGCCAAGACCUACAGCGAGCGGGUGGAGGAUUACCACCAGCGCUACGCCUAUAUGAAGUCCUGGGCGGGGUUACUGCGCAUCCUGGGCUGCGUCGAGCUCCUUUUGGGCGCUGUCGUCUUCGCCUGCGCGUGUGCUUAUGUGCACAAGGACAACGAGUGGUUCAAUAUGUUCGGCUACUCCCAGCCACAGUUGUUUGGGGGGUUAGGGGGCGGCGCAGCAGCGUACGGAGGCAGCGGAUCGUUCAGCUACGACGGACCCAAAACCCCCUUCAUCUUGGUAGUGGCUGGCCUGGCCUGGAUAGUAACAGUCAUUAUGCUAGUCCUGGGGAUGACCAUGUACUACCGUACCAUCCUCCUAGACUCGUCUUGGUGGCCAUUGACUGAGUGUGUAAUUAACCUGGCCCUUGGGUUUCUCUACAUGGUAGCAGCGGUCAUGUACGUCAGGGACACAACCAGAGGAGGCCUCUGUUACAUCCCUGUCUUCAACAACGGAGUCAAUGGAGCCUUCUGUCGCACAGAGGCCGGCCAGACCGCCGCCAUUAUUUUUCUGUUCGUCAACAUGAUGAUAUAUUUUGUGGGCGCCGGUGUGUGUCUGAAGCUGUGGCGGCACGAGGCGGCGAGGCUGAGGAGGGAGGGGUUAGCGCAGGAGAUGAAAACCAUUGGAUCUUCCCUGCCAAUAUCUGCUCUGGGCGGUUCCAGGACCUCAGCGCAGACCCCUCUCCCCACCCUCCAGACUAUCCCGGAGGUGUUGGACGGCCAUGUUACCUCUCCAGCCGCCCCUCUGAUGAUGGAGCCAGAGAUCCUCCGAGGACACAUCCCCGCAGGACACAUCCCCAAACCUGUAAUCAUCGCAGACUACGUGGCGAAGUACCCGACAAUCCGUACGGAGGAGGAGAGGGACCAGUACAAGGCUGUGUUUAAGGACCAGUAUGCUGAGUACAAAGAGCUGCAUGCUGAGGUCCAGGUCAUGGCCAAGAAGUUUGACGAGAUGGACGAACUGAUGAGGAACCUGCCUCCACGGCCCUCCAGUCAACUGGAGAAGGAACGCAUCAAUACCAUAGUAUCGGAGUACCAGAGAAAGAAAGCGGAUCCUACGUUCCUUGAGAAGAGGGAGAGGUGUGAGUACCUGAAGAACAAACUGUCCCACAUCAAACAGAAGAUCAACGAAUACAACAAGGUCAUGGACUGGAAUGACGGAUUCAACUAGACGAACACACACUCUGAACUGUGCAGCUUAACUGAGCCAGGUCAAGCCCGAAUGCUGAAGUUUACCCUCCACUACAUUAUGUUGGAUGCCAUUCCUUGCCAGUUAUAUGCAUUAUGUGGAUAUGCCAUGGGUCAAAUCAUAUAAAGAUUUUAGUGCCACAAAAAUUGAUAUUGAGGCUGGUUUUAUAAUCUACACGUUUUCUUAUCUGAUCCAUUUUGUUUUUAUUGAUGUCGGUGAUAUUUUUGUUCACUGCCAUAAUUGUAAGUUGGUUGCCACUGCCACUGCGGCAGCGUAGCCUAGUGGUUAGAGCGUUGGACUAGUAACCGGAAGGUUGCGAGUUCAAACCCCCGAGCUGACAAGGUACAAAUCUGUCGUUCUGCCCCUGAACAGGCAGUUAACCCACUGUUCCCAGGCCGUCAUUGAAAAAAAGAAUAUGUUCUUAACUGACUUGCCUAGUUAAAUAAAGGUAAAAAAAAAAUAUAUAUAUAUAGAAAAUUAAAAACCUGAAGGACAGAUCAGUCUCUACACAGUACCCCAACAUCAAUUUGAUCAUGUGGGCAGAUGUCAUUCUUUGUUGUGUUUAAUUAUUUAUCUCUAUUGUACCAUUUUGUAAACUCUAGAUACUGUAACAGUAUGAAUCUUAACAAAUCUGUUAUGUUUUCCUCAACAGACUUUUCUGCAAUAAUUGUUUAAAUUAAGUGACAAAGCAUCUCCUAUGUCGUUGUUGACUUGUGUUUUUCAAAAAUUAUUUUUGCAGCUUCUGGGUGUACAUGAACACAGUCCAAUGUUGUACACUGAUGUCAAUCGAGGUGGUUUAUUUGGAACACGUGGCCUCUCUGGUAUAGUUUGUACAUUUAUGUGUAGAAACAUUAUACAGUAUCAUAUAUUUCUGUUUUGACUUGCUUACCGAUGUACUUGUAAUUUCUUGAUAAUUGAAGGAAAGUCUGUAAAGUUUGAUUUCAGCACAGUUUGAUAAAGAUCCUAAAAACUAUGAUGCCUUCCCCCCCCCCCCCCCCCCCAGUAGUAAUGACCGUUAUAUUAAUCACAGAAGAGUGUGUGGGUGACUGACUAUGUCAAUGGUUGAUGAAUGUCAGAGAAUAAUGGAAAUUGGAUCCGUUUUCUGUCAGUCAGUGUCUGUUACAAAAGGGCAUCUUGCCUAAACAAUGUCUCUCUCACACACUCACACACACACACACACA